AUGAUUUACUCUUCUGGAAGAGAGUCCUACUUCAACCUCAACUCCACUUGGUACGACCCGUCGGGGUCGUGGCUGGACACGCGGCGCACGCCCUUCCGCUACGGCUACGGCUCCUGCUCGGGCUGCGACGGCGAAGGCGUCCAGGGCAUGUGCGGGCACGACUACCGGCACUACGGCUACCGGCAGCCCGUGUGCUCCGAGCGGUGCCGGGGCUCCUCGGCGGCCAGCGCGUGCCACGGGGGCUGCGGCUCGGGCUGCGUCCGCAGGCCCACGUACAGCUACGGAUCAGCCGGAGGAUGCAACAGCUACGGGAGGUCGGUCUGCUCCGAGCGGUGCGGAGGAUCUUCGGGUUCGUGCCAAGGAGGUGGUGGCUCGGGCUGCGUCCGCAGGCCCACGUACAGCUACGGAUCAGCCGGAGGAUGCAACAGUUACGGGAGGUCCGUCUGCUCCGAGCGGUGCGGAGGCUCGUCCGGAGGAGGCUGCCAUUCCGAGGGCCGGGCYGUGUGCGCCGAGCCCCCGUCCUGCGGCGUCUCGGGGUACCAGGGCGGGAAGCCGCGCUGCGUCCCGGCCGUGCAGCCUGCCCAGCAGUGCUGCCCGGGGCAGGCGCAGGGCCCGGCUGUGCAGCAGGGCUGCGUGCCCGUGGUGCAGCACGGCCCCAGCCAGCAGCAGCAGGUCUGCAAAGCACCAGCCCGGAAGAUCAAAUAA